UGGUAAAUAUACCUCCUUUUUUGGUAGAGGCUCGACAUGAGACCAGCUGAAAAAAGAAAGGCCGGGUAUUUGGAGGUUACGGGGGCAGCCCUGCAACAGCAUCGCCCGCUCAUGGAUGCGGCCCUCGAUGCGGCCCCCUUGCCCGCGGGCGCUGGCCGUCGCAUCCGUCGCGGCGCUGGGGGCGCUGGGCGCCUUCGCGGCCGCGGCCGCGGCGCUGAGGCGGAGGCGGAAGGAGGGCCCCUGGCUGUUGCGGGGCGUCACCUUGCUGGACGACCUGUCAGCCUCCGGCUGGCGGCAGGCGGAUGUGUUGCUAGGUGCCACGGGCCACGUGGACCUCCUAGCGGCGGCGCGGCAUCUGCUGGCGCCGAAAGGGUGGGGCGUCAUCGAGGGCGAAGGCCUCUUGCUGCUGCCAGGUGAGAAGGUCACGGGCGUCGAGGAUGGCCUCAUCGAGGUGGGCAGUGUGGCCACUGUCACGCUCUGGGAUCUUUCUGCCGCCCGGCCGUCAGCGCUGCCGCCGGCGGAAGCCAUGUUGGCGGGGCCCUGCCAGGCCCUGCGGCCGGUGCACAGCUUUGCACAGGGGCGCCGGGUGCUAGCGGAAGGAAGGGCUCUCUAAGACAGCG